GAGAGGCGGCAGUGCCCUGGCAGUGCCCUGGCAGUGUCGUCGCGGCGCCGACACGUGGACACCAUGGUGGGCGUCGAGCCAUUGAAGCUAGUUGAGAAUGGGGAGCAGGCGCAGCGGCUGCUGCAGGCCCUGGCCAGGGACCUGCCUUACUCCAUCCACGUGACGAACAUCGUCGAGAACCUGCUGGAGUACAAUGCGGCGGGGCACCUGGACGGGGCCCCUGAGCUGCGCCGUGCUGCAGUGUACCGGUACGCGGAGGACGGCGACGCCAGCGACGGCGACGCGACAGUGGUCACCGUCUGCAAAGUCGGGCCGCAGUACGUGACGGUGUGCUUGCACUCGACGGACACGACCAACGCGGCGCUGCGGCGCGUGCUGGCGGACUCGGCGGUGCUGCCCUGGGGCGAGGACAUCCACUUCGACAGCGUGCACGAGCGCUGCGUCCCCGUGCUGCUGGAGGAGGUCCGGGCGCGCGCCGAUCCCGCUUCCCCGCCCAGACUCUUCCUCACGGACAAGAUGUACCUGCCCAAGGAGGAGGCCGUCAACAUGGACGUCAGCUGCCCGCCCGGAUACGCGCUGCUCCCACUGGAGGUGAAGCACGCCGUCGCCGUGGCGUCGGCCUGGGGCAGCAACAUUUGGCCAGGCGCCCUUGACAUGGUCAAGAGCAUCCUGAUGAGGCACCCGGGAACGGUUUGGGGUGUGUUCCCCGCGGACCAGACAGGAGGACAGCCCGCGGCUCGGCCCGCGGCGCAGGUGGCGGGGGAAGGGGGCUUCCUGCGGAUGCUGUUCACGGCCGAGGAGCACCGCCGCAAGGGCCUCGGCGGGCUGGUGACGCGCGCGGCCUGCAAGGUGCUGGCGGCGCGCGGCAAGGACCUCCACUGCAACAUCGACCGGCCCAACCCCGCCUCCAUGGCCACCUUCACCAAGCUCGGCUUCAGGAGGCUCUGCGAGUACACCUACGUCGUGUACUUCGCGCCGCGGCAGCCGCGGGCCACUCCUUGACGGGCACUACCAAGCUGGCUGCCAACAAAAAGAAAUUAAAUUACUGUUUUUUUUUA